CUUCUCACACUCAUCUGGUGAGCCGUUCGGCCAGGAGGCUGGCCCUUUCUCUAGCUACUCCGAUACCACGUGGUUUCCUUUGCAAAUAAAAAAAAAUUAGUGAAUUCGAGUCGGUUUAGAGGCGGUGCCAUCGCCAGGCAGAAGGAUCUGUGACAGUGCAGGGUACAACUCGAGGUAGAGGGGCAGAGAGAGGAAAACAAUUCUCCCGAUCCCGCCAUACUUCUACCACUAUUCCACCAUAACCACCAUCAAAUUAAUUCAAAUUGAUCAAUUUCUACAUAGUGCGAUUAAUUCGCUUAGGUUUGGUGCAGUCCAGGUUUCUCCACUUCAGUAUUGGACGUAAUCAGACUACAACAUUACGACUACUUUCAACUUUUUCCUUUUUCUUUUAGUUGACUUUUCAAAAAAAAAUCCUUUCGUUUUCUUUUACUGCUUGUGGACAUUUGCAAGUGCUUUCAAUCUGUGAUCGUCCUGGGUAGAUCCAUCUUGUUGCGUUUUCAAAGAAAAAGUUUAGUUACUCAGAUUUUUCAUUUCAAUUGAAGGACCUCUGUUUUUCAACAUGAACAAGCUUUACAUUGGAAAUUUGAAUGAAAACGUGACUGCAGAGGACUUGGUUAAAACCUUUGAUGAUUACAAGAUUCCAUACUCCGGGCAGUUUCUUAUGAAAACUGGUUACGCGUUUGUUGAUUGUCCGGACGACCAAUGGGCUAUGAAAGCCAUUGAAACAUUUUCUGGUAAAGUGGAGCUUCAUGGGAAACGUAUCGAGGUCGAACACUCUGUCCCUAAGAAGCAAAGGACCCGGAAACUCCAGAUCAGAAACAUUCCACCCCAUCUUCAGUGGGAGGUGCUGGACGGUCUUUUGGCACAAUAUGGAACUGUUGAGAACUGCGAACAAGUGAACACAGACAGUGAGACAGCAGUGGUAAACGUCACAUAUGGGACACGGGAACAUGCCAGACAGGCGAUCCAGAAGCUGAAUGGCUACGAGUUCGAAAACAACUCUCUGCGAGUCUCCUACAUCCCCGACGAGACGUCCGACGUCGAAUCCCAACGGGGCCCCGACAAUGGCCGCCGUCCUGGUUAUGGGCCUCGCGGUCCCCGCGGAGGUUCUCCUGGCUCUGGCAUGCCCUCCAAGCACCAGCACGCCGACAUCCCCCUAAGGCUCCUGGUGCCCACACAAUAUGUGGGCGCCAUCAUUGGCAAGGAGGGCGCCACCAUCCGCAACAUUACCAAACAAACCCAGAGCAAGAUCGACGUCCAUCGCAAGGAGAAUGCCGGCGCGGCUGAGAAGCCAAUCAGCAUCCACUCCACCCCUGAGGGCUGCUCCACCGCCUGCAGAAUGAUCCUGGACAUCAUGCAACAGGAGGCCAAGGACACCAAGACGGCUGAGGAAGUUCCUUUGAAGAUCCUUGCUCAUAAUAACUUUGUAGGCCGACUGAUUGGCAAGGAGGGGCGCAACCUGAAGAAAGUGGAGCAGGACACCGACACCAAGAUCACCAUCUCUCCACUGCAGGACCUGACCCUGUACAACCCAGAGAGGACCAUCACAGUGAAGGGACCCAUUGAGGCCUGCUGCCUGGCCGAGACAGAAAUCAUGAAGAAAGUACGCGAAGCUUACGACAACGACAUCGCUGCCAUGAAUCAACAGACUCAUCUGAUUCCCGGACUGAACCUCGGAGCUCUUGGACUCUUCCCGCCUUCAGGUUCCAUGCCCCCUCCGCCACAGGGCAACUCUGGAUCCGGAGCCCCCUACGGUUCUUUUGGGGCACCUGAACAAGAGACGGUCCAUGUGUUCAUCCCAGCCCAGGCCGUAGGAGCCAUCAUCGGCAAGAAAGGACAACACAUAAAACAGCUGAGCCGCUUCGCCGGAGCCUCGAUUAAGAUCGCUCCAGCUGAGGCUCCAGACUCUAAAAUGCGAAUGGUGAUUGUAACCGGUCCCCCUGAGGCCCAGUUCAAGGCUCAGGGUAGGAUUUAUGGCAAACUGAAGGAGGAGAACUUCUUUGGGCCAAAGGAGGAAGUGAAGCUGGAAACACACAUUAAGGUGGCAGCCGCCGCGGCCGGCCGAGUCAUUGGGAAAGGCGGAAAGACGGUAAACGAGCUGCAAAAUCUCACCGCGGCUGAAGUAGUGGUGCCCCGCGAACAGACCCCGGACGAGAAUGACCAAGUUAUCGUCAAGAUCAUCGGCCACUUCUACGCAAGCCAGCUGGCCCAGAGGAAGAUCAGGGACAUUUUGACGCAGGUCAGGCAGCAGCAGAAGGGGGGCAUGGGGGAGCGUCAGGGGCCCCACCCACAAGCCCUGUCUGAGAUGGCCCCCCCCCAGGGACUGGCACAGGAGCCCCGGUCCCAGAGAAAGUGAGGGGGCGAAAGGACCUCGCCGGACGGACAGACCCGAAAGACGGACAGAGGACAGACGAACGGACGGAUUAAAGAGAGCGACACACGGAUCCAGCGAUAGACAGGAAGUCAGAGAGAGGAAAACGCCCGAAAGAGGACAGAGUUUAGAGAGGGAAAAAAAAGAGGGGAUUAAAUCAACUUAGAGAAAACAGAGACCAGAUGCCAGGCCAGAGCGACUGACUGGGAAUGGUGGGGUGUGUAGAGGAGGUGGCAGGCUAAGGCCUCCCCCAGGUGUGUUUCAGAGAGGGUCACUCUGGAUCCCGCCAGUGGGGUGGGGGGGCUUUUUACUGUGGUGAGCGGCAACAACUCUUCCUGAGAUGCACUGGGACGGGCUGGCCGACCUGCUACUGAACCCUCGCUGACCUCUUAACCAUUUCCAGCCAGCCCUAUAUUUUAAGGGUGUUUUUUUUAAAAGAUAGAGAUAUAUGUAUAGAAAUGUUUAUGCAGAGGUAUUAUUAAUAGAAUGCAGCGAACGGGAACCGGGAGAGGGGGCGGGGAAGCCAUUGCAGUGGGGGCGGCGUCAUGGGUCAGAUGACCCCAUGCCAGCCAAUGAAAGUCCAGCAGAGGGGCCGCAGUUGUUAACACAGCUCUUGGACUCCUUUGUAGAAAGCUAUGAAGGAGAAAAAAAGAAAAGAAAAUAUGAGGUUGUAAAUAUAAUCUUCAUGAAAUAUAAUGAAAUGCUGCCAUCGAUCGUCUUGCCUGUAGGAGUCGCCUCGAGGCUCGAUUCUGCCUCUUUCCCGGGAGCAUUAUCAGUUCCUGAGGUCCCACUACGUGUGGUUCGGUCGGAGCAGUGAGAGUUCAGUAAGUGCGUGGAGGCCGCGGCUAGUCCUGCAGUUCUAUUGCAGAGUCUUAGCUCCGAGAUGCGGAUAAGGACGACAGAAAACCAGCCAGCCAUGCUCGCUGGCAAGCGGCCCUCGCCUAAACGGCAUAUUUUAUAUAUAUUAUAUAUAUAUGAUAUGUGAGUUAACCCGGUCCCUCGGGAGAAUGAAUUAAGUGCAGGGAGGAAUUACUGUGGACAACUGAGACAGAUAUUUUAGUCCUGCUGUGACUGACAAAGACAAGUUUUAAUUAGAUUUUACUCAUUGGUUUUUGUAGAGUCCAGACCCACCAUGGAUCUAAAACAGGUCCUGUAUUUUUUUUAUUUCAUUGGAUUCACAUGAAUAAUGGUCACAAAUGAGUUAGGAGACCAGAUGCAAUGGAAACACGGACCCACGAGUGUCCCUGACCUACAGAACAGGGACAGAUAGGUUGGUCCACAGUUUUUGCCUUCGGGCGGAAAGGUGAUAACAGUUAGUUUGGAAUGGCUUCUUCUUUCUCUCUCCCUGCCUGAAGACCUGCCGGUGUUGCUUCCAGGGCCCACCUAAUAUGGAGGGGUUAGAAGCAGGGGGCGCUCUCACCGUUACUAGAAAAGAUUAGAAAAAAGAAAAUUAAAAAGAAAAACCUACCUCAGGGUAAUGUUACCUCAGUAUUCCUAACUUUUUUUUUUUGCUUGCUGGUGUUUUAUACAAAGCUGAUAGUCCUGAAUAUUUGUUAUUUUUUUAAGGAAAAUAUUUUUUUUUUUUUAGGUUUUGUCUUGUUGCUUUGGUUAUUUUUUUCUGUUUUUUGUUGUGACUUUUAUUUUAGAAUCAGAAUGAACCAGAGGUGAUGCUCCAGAAUGGAAAGUAAAAAUUGCAAUAGACAAAUGUUGGGUAAUGCAGGAUGAUGUCAUCGGGUAAUUGAGAACGAUGCCAUACACUGUCAUACCUGUUUUUUGGGGCAGCCUCUGGCUCUUGCUGAAGUUUGAUUGGAGCAUUCGGGCUUUAAAAUCGGAGCAUUGGCCAACGGGGAGUGGCGCUGUUAGUCAAGAGGGUCUCUAGGCACAUGAUUGGUCCACACCUAGCUGAGUAUAUCAACUUGUUCUCUUGUUUUAGAUUAUACCAAAUUAUAUUUUACGAGUUGGGCAGGGAUCAGUGUCAGUGGGAAGCCAGCAUCAAUGUGGAGUAAGUAGCACCUCAUUGUUUGAUCCUGCCAGCAUUGAUCACUCCGCAUUCUGAGAUAUAAAAAUGUAAUAAAAUGUGAUCUAAAAUGAUGGAAGAAAGAGCUGAGACCCUUAGCUAGUCCAAACCCCACUGUGGGUGUGGCUUAUGAUCAGGUCGUGGUAAUUAUGUUUUUGACAUGGUCAAAAGGACAUUUAUUAUGAUAUAUGUUUGUCAUACAAGCUAUAAUUUGUGAUAAUGCUAAACUAGAAUACUGACAGUCCAGGUUUUUGAGGCAGAACUACUUUCUUCUCAGGCACCAGAUGUCAUAUAUUUUGUUUCUAUGACAACUCCUAUGAUAUGACAUGACCACUGUGUAUCUGAGGCCUUCUUGUCUUUUUCACAAUGACACCUUGUUAACGCGCGGAAACAUUACUCAAUGUGCAGAAACAUUAACAUUACAUGCCUUGUUAUCACAUCAGUUGGAACUAGGAAACCCAGAAAUGUCCGACAAUUGGUUGAACAAGGCAUCACAUAUAAAGAAACUAGUGCACUGUUUCCCAAUCCUGGUCCUCGGGACCCAAAGGGGUGCACGUUUUUGUUUUUGCCCAGGCACUCACAAAAACAAAAACGUGCACCCCUUUGGGUCCUGAGGACCAGGAUUGGAAAACACUGAAUUAAAGAAUUGUUGAUGUGAGCCUGGAGAGCAUUCUAUCUUUCCCCUUGCUUUGAAAACACUGAAUGUGAAUAUUUAUUAGCUCUGUGCACUGACCAAUCAGCUUCAGCCUUCCCCAUUGCUCAUGCUCUUGAUGUGUGGCUGUGAGCAUGUGGGCUUGGCUCUGUUAGUGUUUUGUUCAUUGGUUUUAAGUGUUUCAUUUAUUUUGUGGGGGGGAAGUGCUGGGGUGUUAAAAAAAGCAGAAAAAAAGCUGAAAGAGAACCUAUGGCCUCGGUUUGUGUUCCAAACCAGGGAUAUUCAAGAGCCUUUUAAAAAUAGGAGUGAAAAAAAGCUAAGAAGUUACAGAAUUCAUACAAUAAACAGAUUUAACCUGUACAUUACAUGUGAAAGCAAACUGUUCACUAGACUUUAGUAUUUUUUAAAUAACUGGAGAGAAAAAAACAUGACAAAAUGAUGGAAAACGCCAGGUCACUGAUUGACACUGCCAGAUAGUUUAACUAGCACAGUCUGCUUUAUUCACUGAACACGCCCACUAAACUGAACAGCGGCUUUGAAACAUACUGUACUUUCUUACCAUUCACAGGUGAAGUCUAUUCUAUUGUUCAUGCUUCCAUUUUUUCUCUCCUUGAGACGACAUCUUGUUUUGCCAUGGGAAGUGUCCUUGGCGAUGAGCGUGUGACCCCAUCCUUAUAUCUGGGGUACAAAUGCUCCCUAGACACUUUCUGGCAUGUUCUUCUGCCCAGGCAUGGCUGAUAGCUGCCAGAUCUUCCAAUACCUGGAUAGGUAUUUUAAGUAUCGGCUGACCACAUUAUGACAUAGCAAUCUGUCAGUCUAUGACCAAGUCGAUGACAUUGGUUGAUGCUUGCAAUGUCUGCGCAGGGAAACGCCCUCGUCUUUUAUUGACCCAUAGAAUUUUUUUUUUUUACAAACACCAAGACACACUAUAUUGAAUUAUUCAGACUGCAGCAAAAAAUAAUGUUUUUGUAUAAAGCAAGCUUUAUUUGGACAUGACAUCUGGUUACGUACUGUUACACUAAUUGAAAAAUGUAAACUGAAAAAAAUAUAGAAAUAAUGAGAACCUCCAGAACUUUUUUUAAACUUGAUGCAAUUUUGGUGAGGGAGGCGUAGAAGAAUUAUGGGGGAAGGGAGAUGGGACUUUAUUUUUUUCGUUGGGGGGGGGGGACAUUUACCUACAAUGUCAGAGAGUGAUAGACUGAAGAGUGUACCAUUGUUUGACAUAUAAUAUUUGCCUUUUUGUGUUCGGUCACUUGAAAUGCAACUGUAAGUAGGCCUGUAGUCCGGUCAAAUGAAAUUAAGUCACACGCAGAACCUCUUCCCCUCCUCCGGUUCCUUUCACUGUUUUCCCACCCUUGUUUACGUCCUUCUAUCCGCGCUCUCUGCCUGUUUUAUCAUUUCAUUUCUUUCACUUGUCUAUACACCACAGGAUAAGGCGGACCUUCAAAAUAAAAUUACAAAAAAAUCCUUUUAUUGUUAAAAAAAAAUUGAGUUAUUGGUGAGUUCAUCACCCUAUCUUACGCUGGCCUCGAUUGUGUUCGUUUUCUCCUUUCUGUUUAGGUGUUCCUGGUUUUAUUACUUUUACUUCUUUUUUUUCUGUCUAGGUUUUUUUUUUUAUUCUUGUUUUUUAAUGCACAGAUCUCUUUUAAAACGCACAGAUCUCAUGCUACUAUAUACAAUAAAAUACUAACAUGUAAUGCCUUACAUGAUGUAGAUAAUAAUGGUGCCAAACACAUUUUUGUACAAAAAAAGAGAAAGAAUAAGAAUUUGGUUUGAUUUGUUAUGGACACCUUGUCUGUUCACUCAGUAGCACACUUUUUGGCCCUCACACUUAACGUACUAGAACUUAACAUACAUACUCAUUGUUUGUGGCAAUACGAUUGGCUCACCAUUCUGUUAAACUUGAGUAAAUUUCAAGCAAACUGAGGGAUACGUUGACAGGUUGUAUACAUGGUCAACAUUUGGUAUGUGGAAUGUUUAUUCUUAGAAAACAAACCCACAAUGUUAUGACAAAACCUUUUGAAACUUUCCAUCAAGGCUUCUAGCUUAGCACAUUAUAAAAACGAAGAUGGAAACCGCAAUGUUUCUCCCUGCAUCAGUAGACUCUGAUCUUUUCUAAAAUUUGAUAUUAUAAAAGGGUGCUACAAAGACAAAAAACAACUCACACAUAACUAGGAACGCUACCUCAAGACUUAGCCAUAAGAUUGUUUUAUCAACCCGACAAGAGAAAACAGUGCAUGUUAUUUUUAUUUUAGAAUUUUUUUUUUUUACUUUAAUUUAUUUUAAUUUUUUCUUUUGGUUUGGAUUUACCUCUCCGGAAUAGAGUUGGGACUGUAAAAAUAAAAUACAGAGGGCGAAAUAGUGUUGGAGCAAGAAUGGAGAGAACCGUUGGUGAGGUCUGACUGGGUCAACCAUGGGCAUCCUCUAAUGGGUCUGGGACAUUGUCGCUUUGAGCAAUUAGGGGCACACAGAGUUUUAAAACAGAGAACAUGAACGGGAAGCUAAAUCCUUGUUGGUCUCCUGGUGGGGCAGGAUAGCUUGAUCUCUCCUGAAUAUGAAACUGAGGGAUGUUCCUAUCCCCCGAUAGAUAAUCCACACUGAGUGCCUGGUCCUCAGUAUAACCAGCUCCCCCAUGGCACCCUGGGGGCCCAGCGUCUCACCCUCCUCCCACAGUCCUCCUCCAGUUCUGUCCCUCUUACACCCCCCCCCCCCCCCUUUGUUCUCACUUUCUGAAUCAAAGGGCACGAUAUCUGUAACCAUGUAAUUUUUUUGUUGAUCUACCUCUUAGGAAAAUAUAGGAAAAUGGUAAAAAAAUAAAUAAUAAUAAAAGGACAGAAAAAAAGUUUUAAAUUUGAAAAUGCUCAACUGACAAAUAAGUAAAUGAAUACAUAACUGGAUAGCAGCAACUCCAUAUACUGUAGUUGAUAGUCUAUUAAAGGAUAUUAAAAAAGGUUUUCUUCUUCCAAAGAUGAUUUUGUUUUCAGCAUUGUUAGAAUUUUUUAAAAAGGAUUAUGAAGUGGGAGAAAUGAAAGGGGUAGAGAUUAUACAGUAUGUCGUUUUUGUUUUCAAAAAACGGGAUUUCAUUAUUCAAUUGCAUUUUUGUUCUUCAUAUUAGACUUAUGUUUUAACCUCCAAAUUCUUCAUCUUUUUUGUUUGAUUUAUUUUCUGAUUGCUUUUUGAAAUGACAUAGGAUUGUAUUUCUUGUGUUUGGAUGCAUUAGGAUUCUCGAUCUGAACUGCAACAUACUAGCACUCUGUGACACCUUUUCAGAGCAGUGUGAUGUCUAAACAAUUGGUUUUUUUAUUUUCAUUUUUAAUGAUUCAUUUGAAAAUACGGAUGUGUUUAGCUGGUCAGGCUCUGAGUUGGAGGAAGACACUGAGCGAGAGGCCUCUUUAUCAGGCUCUGGCUGGUUCCCAACCUCCCUCCACCUCAUAACAGUAUAUGGACUACAACUUCAGCCUGCCUGAUUACUUUAGUUUUCAUCAACACUUGUUUUAAACUCCUUGUAAACAAAACAGAGCAUAGAUAUGAAUGUGUUAUUAAAAGAUGAGAAAACAG